AUGGACGAGAUUACGCAUAUUGUGGUGAUCCGAGACACACUUGUGAGACUUGUUUUAAAUCGCAUGGCUAUCCCGAAUGGUGGGCUACUCUCAAAGAUCGAAUACAACGUGAUACGACCAGUAAUGGAUAUUCACACUAAGAAGAUUCUUGGUUGUGGUACUAAGAGAGGGGGGCUAUAUUAUGUAGAUGACUUCAGUCCCGACAUGACUAACAAUGUGACGCAUCCCUUGACAGCAAACAAAAGCAAACCUGGUUGUAGCACUGUCGAUUGGGACAUCCGUCUUUUAGUUAUAUGA